AUGAUGCGACAAAUCUAACGUAAAGAUAAAACCCUUUCGUCACUGGACGAGCUUAAUUCAUCACUAUAAAAGUUAUUUGACUUAUUCCUUGAUAUUCCACAUACAGACUUCUAAAAUAUUGUAAGAUGACUUCAGAAGACAUAGAUAUAUCUAAGAGAAUCAUAUGGAUCGUCCAUUCUAUACUACGCCAGUUUGUUGCUGUGAUUGUGGGCUAUACAAUUUCAAUGAUGUUUGGUGAAAAAUUUACCAAUUGGAUGGUAUGGCACUACAUCUUGAUGUCUUCAGGGGUUGUGCUCAUCAUGUUUGAAGGCAUUCUAUUCCUGAGUCCACAUAAUCAUUUCUCCAUGGGUAUCAGAAAAAAUAUAUUGAGUGGGAUGCAUGGUAGUCUAAUGGGAAUUGGUUUCAUAGUAAUGACUUUGGGAAUUAUUUGCGCUUACAUCAAACAUGAUAAUGGACAUUUCAAGUCAACUCACGCUGUAUUGGGUUUGAUAUCUUGGAUUUUCUGCCUGUUAUCAGUCUUGGGUGGGCUACUAGCUUACCAUUCCUUCAAGCUGAAGGAUUACAUCAAACCCAUUUUUCUGAGGUUUCUUCACACCUUUAUAGGGUUAAGUGGAUUUUUGCUGUCGAUAGCUGCGUCAGCAACCGGUUUCUACAAGUUUAUAGAUUGGAAACCUACCAACACCCCUAUAAUGAUGACGUUGUUGAUACUGAUUGGGGUUGGAAUAUUUCUGAGAUCUGGUCGAACAGUGUUGCAACGUUUACAAAGCGUUAUCAAGCAGUGAAUUAAAUUUAUUUUCUGUAACUAGAAGAUUCUCAUGAAUCUCACAUAACAUCUUCGAUAGGUAGUCAGUAAAGUGUGAAUUGGAAUAAUUGCCUGCAGUGGUUACAGCCUUAAUAGAAUGAAUCGGUUAUGGUGUCAGGGCCUUUGUUCUAUCAUCACACAAUUACAACAACAAUAAAUAUAUCUGUAACUU